AUCCAUUUUCUCGCUAAUUCGGAAUUCGGGCAUGAGCCCACAUGGCAGGGGGAUAUUGCCAUGGAGAGCCGCGGUGUCGGCUGGGUUCACGCCCGGCAUGCGUUUGGUGCUGCUCAAUCAAUGCUGGACGACGAUCGACAGAGCACGCAGAUCCGCUUAGAGCAGCUCGCGAACUUUGAUCAUUCGCUGCUCACCUGGGAUGACUCAGGGCAGAUGGCGCCAAUGGCAUGUAUCGAGAAAGGUUUUGUGGCGAGCCCCACACAAAUGCUCAGCCUUUGCAGCGCGCCGGAGGACCCAGGAGAGCUGCUUCAAACUGCUGCUGUCCAGGUCGCGGAGGCGCUGGCGCGGCAGCAGUUCGCCUGGCCGAGGCUCCGCAGCUUCCAGCGCCGGGCAGUGGAGGCCUGGGCGGCCGGGCGCAGCUGCGUGGUGGUGUCGGGCACCGGCAGCGGCAAGAGCGCCUGCUUCACAUUGCCUGUGCUCGUAGACCGCCACUGGCAGAGCAUGGGAGGAGGCGUCGCCCCAGUGGCGCUGGUGAUUUCACCCUUGGUCUCGUUGAUGCAUGACCAGGCGGAGAGGCUCCGUCGCUGUGGCGUGGGGGCGGUGGUCUGCUCGCCGCAGGGGGGCGAGAGCUGCUGGGCCAGCGCGCUGCAGCAGCUGCGCCGCGGCGCGGCGGUGAUCUUCAUGUCCCCGGAGCGGGCGGUGAGCCAGGCGAAGGCGAAGACGCUGCAGAUGCUGGAGCGCGUCUCUUUGUUGGCGGUCGACGAGGCUCACUGUGUCUCUGAAUGGGGCCAUGACUUCAGGGAAGAGUACAACCAGCUGAGCCUCGUCAUCGACGCCCUGGCUGGCACCGGUCGUGGUGGUCAAGCCCCGCCAGUCAUGGCGCUGACCGCCACCUGCAAGUCGGAGGUUCGUGAGGACGUGGUGAGGUCCUUGGGCUUGCAGGGCGCCGAGCAGGUCCUGGGCUCGAUGAAUCGGCCGAACCUGCACUAUGCCGUGGAGGAGCUUCAAAACGAGGCAGCCAUGAUGCGGCGUAUCCGGGAGCUUUUCGAUGCAGAGGACUUGAGCGAGGAGGCGGUCACUCGGCGGCGGAAUCGGUGCACGGAUUCUUCGGUGAGUCCGUAUUCGCCCACCAUCGUCUACUGCGUCAGGAAAAGCGACGCCGACGAGGUGGCAGCGCAACUGCAGCGAGGGGGUGUCCGAGCCCUGGCCUUUCAUAGUGGCAAGACGCCAGCGGAGCGCUGGGCGGCUCAGGAUGACUUCAGCCAGAACAAGAUUCAGGUGGUGGCAGCCACGAUCGCUUUUGGCAUGGGCAUCGACAAGCCUGAUGUGCGCCGUGUGGUGCACUUCGGAGUGCCCAGCAGCCUUGAAGGCUACAUGCAGGAGUCUGGCAGGGCUGGGCGCGAUGGCCAGCCAGGAAGCUGCAUUUUGCUCUUCACGAAGGCUCAUCGGCAAAAUCGAGAGCAGGUGCUCCUGCACCAGGACGUUUCGCCAUCACUCUUCAGGAGCCUGGCGCGGGUCCAGUCCUCCGCCUUCUAUUGCAAAAGCCGGCGAUGCCGCCGUGCGCAGCUGCUGGAGUACUUGGGGGAGGAGCCUGUCUCCCGCGUGGCCUUCGAACAGCUCUGCUGCAGCCAGCAGCUGCCCCCGAGCGGCACGCCUGGCUUUUGCAGCGCUGCAGCCAAUGGGCCGCUGUGUGGGCGCUGUGACAACUGCGACCUUGCCGCCAUCAACGCGCAGGUGCACAAGGAAGAUGUUCGUGAGGAGCUUGCGCACAUGCUGCAGGAGCUGAAGAAGGCUGGCCGGCCUGGGCGCCGCGCCUUCUUGGAAUCAGCCAGGAAGUCCUUUCCGCGGAGCCGAUCCAGCGAUGACUGGCAAAAGAUCCUGGACUUUGCCGUUCACCAUGACUUGGUACAUCUCACCAUUGUGCAGGGGGAACGAGACAGGAGAGCCUUCAUCUCGCCACAGAUGUCAACGAAAGGCAAACUAUGGGCUCCUCGUCCGUUCCUGGUAGAGCUGGAUCUCCCGCAUCGUCGAGGUGGGAUCAUUGUGCCGGAGCCGCCAGAGGUGUUGGAUUCGGUGGCAGAUCCCACAGCCGCAGAUGCACCUGAGAACCGCUCUGACGAUGACAUGCCGCUGGUGCAAGUGCAGGCCAGGCAACGCAUGUCCAAGCGCCAAUCCGAGGCUGAGGAGGUGCGGUCCCAGCCGACCCCGCAGCGCCGGAGGUUUGCUUUCUUGCCGAACAGGGCUGCUGGCUCGGACGAGGCAGGCAGAGACGCGGCCCAAGUGCAGCUGGUCAACGAGGUUUCGGCUCUCAAGAGCCUGGCCGAGGAGACACAGCUGCCAGCGGAAGGCCUUGAGGCGGUACUUGUACAGCUUCGUGCUGCCCGGGCCCUUUUGGAGGCCAAUCGGCCAGCUUCCCCGCGUGCCGCGAACCGGCCAGCUUCCCCACGUAUCGCUUCGCCAGCAUCGGACGUAAUUAGCGUGCACACUCCAAGCCCAUACGUGGAGAGGCAACUUGUCGAUGUCAGGUCAGCCGGCCCGAAGGCGCUGGCGCUGGCGCAGCGGCCUGAAGCCAAGGCCGUGCGGGGCCGAGCUGCCGCAGCCCGGAAGUUCUCCCGGCAGGACCGCGAGGAAUGCUCGGAGCUCCUGCAGAGGCUCAUGGAAGCUGCCGACUUCAACUCCAACCAGUCAGGAGGCACGGACAAGUUCAAGAAGCUUCUCGCGGAGGCGAAAAACCUGGCGCCGGCCGCAAAGCGGCCGCAGCUGGAAGAGGUGCUGCAGAAGCACUUCCUCGCCAAAACCCCUGGCCGGCACCGAGAGCGGCUGCGCCAGAUCAUCGCCGAGUGGAAGGCGUCGAGCCGGUGGUGCCCCCCCAAAAAGGGGGCGAUCGAGGCGGAGGGGCUUUGAAUGCUAAGGCUUGCGGAAUUCAGUGCGCCUCGGUGAAAGACCAGAAGCCGUGCUGACAGCCAAGCAGCCAGAUCCUUUUGCUGGAGCAAAACGCUCGCAGACGAAGCGCGUUUCGCAUGCGGUGUGCAGCGAGCUUCAAAAUAAGAGGCUCCUCGAUCCCAUAGUCCGGGAGGUGUUGUUCAUCGCCUCGCGCGCUAGCUUUGAUUGGACACCUUCACAGGGGUGUGGC